GAUAAUCCUCUUUUUCACCUUUUUUUUUUUAAUUCUUUUAGCAUUUGUCGAGCGCUCUGAGCGUCCGUGGCGUGCAAGCGAGCCAGUAUGGGGCUAUUAUUCCCGUACUCUAAUAUGCCCCCUUUACCUUCUUCUUUUUUUCUUCUUCCUUGCCUGACUCUGUCGAGCAUGGUAUUGGCUUCAUUCUUGCUACACUUUUUCCCGCGACCACUUACUCUUCUUCUUCCGGAACUUUUUUUUUUCCAUUUAUACUGGGCUUUAAUCGCUUUUCGAUUCAUCCCUUUACUCACGUUGUUACGUGGCAUGGGAUAUUGCCUUUUCUUCUCUCUUCUUUUCUUUUUUCUCUUCUUCUCUUUGUUUUCUGUACUUUUUACGCUCUGCUCCGCAAGCUACCCGGAUAGAUGUGGCAGAGCUUGACAACUAUUGACACUACAUGAGAAGAACAUGGGCAGGGACGAGGCCAUGUUAAUGACGCGUAUGUUUGUAUGUAUGCACGUAUGUAUGUAUGGACGGGUUCUGCUC